AUGAUCUCUGAGCUUCAUCUAGUGGGCAUUACCUGUCACUACUCUUGGUACUGAUCUGUGUUGAUGACAGAAAAGUGGUUUAAUGUAUAAAAUAUACAUUGAAGUUUAUUCUCAUUUAACAUAACAUGUACCUCAACAAAACAUACUUUUAAGACACUGCGUACACGUUAUUCAUCUUUUUUUAAUUGAUAAACUCAAUUUUGCUACCACAGUAUAAUGUAACACAAGGAGGGGGUGUUUCGUUUUUACACCGUAUUUUGGCGUCGAAGAAGAAGUGGGCCGACCCCGGAAGUGUUUUUUUCUCGAGGCAGCAGUAAACAAAGAUUUGUGUGCAUUCUCCCUUCAAAGCCAGACUUCAAUUUAUAUCUUAAGCGUGUCUUAAUUUAAAUGUUGCUCCUUAUAUUUUUUGUGAAUACAUAUUUUUUCUUUGACUUAUCUUCCGGGAGCGACAAAAAGCCUAAAUGUUAGCCCAGCACGUUAGCUUUGAAGGUCAGUUUCUGAUCAUGGAGAGGAAAACCUGUAGACAUCGUUGGAGAAAAGACAACUAACUGAGGAAGACAAACUAACACAAUAGGCAGAUGGACUCUGAAGCUAAUGAUGUCCAGCAGCUGUUGGUUGUCAAAGGGGAGUUUCCUCCUGAGCAGCAGAACCGGUUUCCCAGUCUGGACCAGGAGGACCAAAUCCCACCACAGAUUAAACAGGAACAGGAGGAGGCCGAUGUCACAGAGUUUAUAUUCAGGCCUGUCAGUGUGAAGAGCGAAGAUGAUGAAGAGAAGCCUCAGUAUCUUUUUCCCAGCGAGACUGUGAAAAACAGACACUUUGUGGGACCAGAACUACACCAAGUUCAGUACUUGGAAUCAGAUUUUAAAGACAAAACUUCAGAUUCUUCAGAGACGGACGUCAGUGAUGGAAAUUGGGAGAAGAGCAAUGAACCACAGUCAGGUUUGAACUCUGUCAAAAACAACCAGGUUCCAGUAAGUGAGACAAAAUGUGAAAGCAGUAAAAAUAUUUACAGCUGCACUAAAUGUGGUAAAACAUUCACACGCAAGUCCUCUCUGGUGAGACACAACCGGAUCCACACGGGGGAAAAACCUUUCAGCUGCCCUGACUGUAAAGCAACUUUUGCUUUUAAAUAUCACUUAGUUCAACACAUGAGCGUCCACACCAGACAGGAAUCUUACAGCUGCACCGUUUGUGGUAAAACCUUCAACAGGAAGAAAUGCCUAAUUUCUCACAUGAGCCGUCACACCAAACCCAACAACUGCCCAGUCUGUGGUCGAGGAUUUGCUCACAGGUCUAGCCUAACGUCUCAUAGAAGACUUCACACGGGAGAGAAACCUUUCAGCUGUUCCGUCUGUCGGGCAGCUUUCAGUUGGAAACAAAGUCUUGAAUUCCACAUGAAAACCCACAGUGGGGAGAAACCUUUCACCUGUCCCGUCUGCCAGGCUGCUUUUAAAUGGAGAGCAACUUUUGAUCGACACAGAAGAACCCGCUGUGGAAAACCUUUCAGCUGCUCCGUUUGCAAGGCUGCGUUUAGAAAAAAAAUGCAUUAUAUGGUACACACAAUGUCUCAUAAAG